AUGUACCACCACUUGCAGUGGCAGGAAGGUUCCGAAGAGUUUUUGUUGACUGGUCCACCUGAUUUCAUUGUGCGUGUGUUCCUGGCCACGUUUGCAACGCGGUCGUACAAUGAGAAAAUGAACCAGCAAGGCCAGCCAGAGGCUGCGCAGGCAGCCAUCGCAGACUGCGACGACGAGCUGGGCAUGGAGGAAGCGCAAGAGUACCGCCAACGUGUGUCCAAGUGGGUGAGGGGCAGCCUUGAGUGCAUGCAGGAUCCCAUGUUCUGGUUUUUCGUCUGGGCUGCCAACAAGUCUCGUGAGCCCGUGAGACAUGUCUUUAACAUCUUGUCAUCGUACUCCAAGCAGAUGUCUGCUAGAGUUCGCUCGCCGGAUUCCUGUCCAUGUCCAACCUCAGAACUUCCGAUAGUUGAUUUCGUCACCAACAGAUUGGACCAGAUCGAUGAGGAGUUCCUUCGUUUGAGGCAAGAGGUACCGGCAUGGACUCGU